GAGGAAUAAAAAUUGUUUUCGUUUGUAAAUUGUAGGUUAACGAGAAAUUCAUUUUUCAUAUUUAUUUAUUUAUCGAAGCCAUUCAGGUGAAGGAUGAAGACCUCACAGGAAAAUCAAAAAUUUGGGAAUGUCUGGAGGGUCUGCAAUAAAAUCCGAGCAGCAGUUUUCCGCAUUGACCUGAAUCUCUGGGAUUACUUCAAACCCCUGGAUCCCCAUGGCAAUGGUCUGACUUCAGAGACGAAGUUUAUUGCCAUUCUCACAGGCCCCUUGAGGCACUACGUCGGUCUAUCUGAUCCUGAAAUUGCCGAUUUGACGGAUUAUUUCAGCAUUCAGGACGGCCGGAUUAUCUAUUCACAACUCUGUGAAGUUAUUUACGAAAGUGCUCCCAAGUUUACCGCGAGACCAGUCAUAACUGGAUUGGAGUGGCAGGAACCUUUGGGUGUCAAUCGUUUGAGCUGCUCCGAGCAUAGAAAAUUAAAUCUUAUCAUAACUCAGAUUUCUGCCAAUGUUAGGAAGAGGACGCUAGUUCUCAGGCCGUAUUUUCAAGAUUAUGAAAUCCUAUCGAAAAAUACAGGAACUGUAACAAUAGCGCAUUUUGGAAGAAUUUUGCAUUUCCUUGGUAUAAUCCUGGCGAAUGAUGAAUUUAGCCUCCUGGUGAAGAGAUUUGCUAAAGACGGAUACACACUCAAUUAUCUGGCAUUCCUUAAGGCCAUUGACGAUGCUCAAAAUUACAUGAACGAUCACGGUUUUCAGCACGUUUCUGGAGAGCUGUUGGAUCAAUUCCCAGGGCGGAUUAUCUCAGCUCAAUUGCCAAAGCUUCCGCGGCCAGAAGUGGGACAAGUGUUGGUAAGUGAAGCCUUUGGGAAACACACCGUGUUUCAUGCGGGCAUGAAACGAUCGAGAGAACGAAUGGGUUUGAUACAAGUGAUACGGCGCAUUCAACGCCAUGUGUUGGAACGACGAAUUCGUAUUCAUACAUUUCUCGAGCCCUUCGAUCAAAUGAACGUGGGUCGCAUAAGUCCAUUACAAUUCCGAAGUGGGCUGGAUUCCUUUCAAGUAUCGUCUUUAGGUCACUUGUACCUUACAGAACACGAAAUUGAGGAAUUGGUGAAAUUUUACCUCGAUCCGAGUGAUCCAACACGUGUCAUGUGGAAAAUAUUUGAGAACGAUAUUGAUCAAAUUUUCACUGUUAAAGAGUUGGAAAAGGAUCCAUGCUUGAAGAUCGAUUUGCCACCCCCUGCGGUAAAAAAUCUGGCGAAACUCGGUCAAAGUGAGUGGCUAUGUGUAACAAAGGACAUGAGACAAUUGUGCGAAGAGACUUUGCAGAAAAUUCGGUUUAGGCUUAAUGAAAGAGGAAUUAAUGCCAAGGAAUUCUUCCAAGUUUAUGAUCGACUGAAUCAUGGUCACGUGUCGCGUAGCCAAUUGCGACAAAUCCUCGCAAUUGCGACUAUUUUACUGUCCCCUAAAGAAAUUUUCGCAUUAGAAGAGAGGUAUAAUGACGAAAUGGGAUUCAAUUACGCGCAAUUCCUCCAAGCACUCGAAGCCCUAACAAUAACCAGCCCUCUUUAUGAAAAAUUGCUGCAAGAAAAGCGUCUGUUAAAUGCAGAGAGGGCGCUAGCCAUCCCUUGCCAAGAUGAAAGGGAAAUAGUUCAUGUCUUGGGAAAGAUCAAGGCGAAGAUUGUUCGAGAAAGAAUAAAGGUAACCGAGUUUCUCCGUGGUUUUGAUCCGCGCAAUGAACUUGUCAUUAGCCGAAAUGAUUUCGUGAGGGGUAUGGAUCAAAUUCGUUGUAAUUUAACAUCAACUGAACUCGAAACCAUAAUGGAUAUGUUCAAAGCUCCUCUGAGAGCUGGAUUUGUGGAGUACGAGAGAUUUGGAAAUGUUGUCGAAGAAGCUGUUACAACGCCAGCUCUUGAGAAAUCUCCACUGCUGGUGCCUGUCCAGUAUGUUCCAUCGUUUGCUUCGUCGAAAAGAUUUUUAAAUUUUGAAGAACGACAGACGAUAGUCGAAACUAUGGAGAAACUCGCUCGAGUUCGAAAUCACAAUUUGGAAGAUGUUUUCAAGGAUUUUGAUAAAGAAAAUAUUGGAACAAUAACAAAAGACCAGAUGAUGAAAGCCCUGUCGGUCAGAAAAAUGUUGGAGUUGUUAAACACAAGGGAGCUCAAUACUCUCCAUAAAUGUUUUUCAAUCGAGAGGGGAAUGCGGUUCGAGUUCGAUUACAAAGCUUUUCUCCGAGCACUUGAACUUAUCCAGAAAAAUAAAAAAGUUCUGCACCUUUAAAAAUAUGAAACCCCUGUAUUCUCAUGUGUCAUCUCCUAUUAUCGACGCCUGUUUUAAUCAUCGUUUGAGGAUAAUUGGUAUGUGAAUUAAUUCGUUUUCAAUUUUAUCAAUUCUCUAGAAUUUUACUUCGAAAUUGAAUAAUGGAAUUUUUCGGAUAAAUCCAGUCAAUGCAGAUUUUCAAUUUCCAUAAAUAUUUAAAUAAAUACUUUCUAACAAGGAUCUUUGUUCAUCAAGCUAAAUUUUCCUUGCACUAUUUUUUUACA